CCGGGGCGGGUCCUGGGCGGCGGGCGGGGCGCCGCGGCCGAGGCCCGGAAGCGGACCGAGGCCGCCCGGGUCCCAGCCGUCGGGCCGCCAUGGACGAGGCUGACCGGCAGCUCCUGCGGCGGUGCCGUGUGCGGCUGGUCGGCGAGCUGCAGGUGGCCUCGCUCUGGGACGCUCUGCUGACCCGCCAGCUCUUCACGCCCGCGAUGAUCGAGGACAUCCAGCAUGCGGGCUCAGGGUCUCGGAGCGAUCAGGUCAGGCAGCUUGUCAUAGAUCUAGAGACCCGAGGGAGUCAGGCCCUUCCUUUGUUCAUCUCCUGCUUAGAGGACACAGGCCAGGAUGCACUGGCUUCAUUGCUGAGAAUGGGUCGGCAAGCAGAAAAGCAGAAUCCACAGGCCGUCAGACCCCUGGACCUCAUGCCUGUGGUGGUUGGACCAAUGGGCCUCAAACCAGAGGAGCUCAGAAGGAGGCAGUAUCCUUUAAAGCCGACUCCGGAAAAACUCACUCCAGUGGUGUUGGGGCCCGAGGAGCUGUGGCCAGCCAAGCUCCGGCCAGAGGUUCUCAGACCAGAGGUGCCUAGGCCAGUGGACAUUGGUUCUGGACCAUUCAGUGAUAUCUAUGCUCAGGAAAUUUCGAAGCGAAAUGCUGAUUUGGCGUAUGUCCUGAACGCGGACCCCUGUGGCCACUGCCUCAUCAUCAACAACAUGAACUUCUGCCUCGAGUCGAGGCUCCAGACCCGUACCGGCUCCAAUAUCGACUGUGAGAAGUUGCAGCGACGUUUCUCCUUGCUGCAUUUCGUGGUGGACGUGAAGCAUGACCAGACGGCCAAGCAAAUGGUCCAGGUGUUGGUGGAGCUGGCGCGGCGGGACCACGGUGCUCUGGACUGCUGCGUGGUGGUCAUCCUCUCUCACGGCUGUCAGGCCAGCCACCGCCAGUUCCCAGGGGCUGUUUAUGGCACAGAUGGCUGUCCUGUGUCCAUCGAGAAAAUUGUGAACAUCUUCAAUGGAUCCGGCUGCCCCAGCUUGGGAGGGAAGCCCAAGCUCUUCUUUAUCCAGGCCUGUGGUGGGGAGCGGAAAGACCAUGGGGUUGAGGUGGCCUCCACGUCCCCUGAAGACAGGACCCCUGGCAGUGACUCCGAGCCAGACGCUGUCCCGUUCCAGGAAGGCCCAGGCACCUUUGACCAGCCGGACGCCGUGUCUAGUUUGCCCACACCCAGUGACAUCUUUGUGUCCUACUCCACCUUCCCAGGUUUUGUUUCCUGGAGGGACACCAAGAGCGGCUCCUGGUACGUGGAGACCUUGGAUGGUGUUUUCGAGCAGUGGGCUCGCUCUGAGGACCUGCAGACCCUCCUGCUCAGGGUCGCUAAUGCUGUUUCGCAGAAAGGGACUUACAAGCAGAUUCCUGGUUGUUUCAAUUUCCUCCGGAAAAAACUUUACUUUAAAAUGUAAUGAGGCCAGGGCCCCUGCACCCUUUACCCCAAAACCUUCCUGCUCCAGGCCCAGCGGCAGUGGAGGUCUGAUCUUUGCUACAACGACAGCUGUCACUCUUCGAAGGGGUUUGUGGCCUGUAGUGGGUCUACUCUUUCCCCACCAGUGGCAGACAGGCUCUUAGCAGCUUCCAAAUUGGAGACGGAUGACUGGCGACACAGGAAGCGGAGCAGAAGAAAAUCAAGGACACCCAGGACUCUUACCAGUGGCCUGUUCUCCGGCUAGUGGCUGUGGCCUAUGACCCCUGCGUUUUCUGUAGAGUAAGGCUUUUUAACCUCAGUCUGAUUGACAUUUGGGGCCACAUGUUGGGGGGGGGGCGCCUCCCGUGCAUGGUGGGACGUUUAGCAGCAUCCCUGGCCUCUACCCUCUAGGUGCCAGGAGCACCUCCCCCUGCGUCGUGACAACCCAAAAUGUCUCCAGACAUUGCCAGAUGUCCCCUGGUGGGACACCCCUUGAGAACCACUGAUCUACGAGAAACUUUGGUUACAAACAAACCAUCUCUCUCAGAUCAGCAAGUUUGGGGCUACUAGUCUGAAAAGCCGGAGUCUGCAAAUCCUCAAUGAGGUUUUAAAAAUGAUCAAUUUUUCUUAUAUUCUAGUAUUAAAAAAAUCUUAGGGGCAUAUGGACACUUUUCCCCCCUUGUUUCCCCCCUUGUUUUGCUCCAACUCUUUGUUUUUCCUUAUAAAGGGGAUUUUUGCUUUUCUGGGAACGUUUCCCCGUCUCUUACUUCAUGUGAACCCCACCCCAUCCCAGGGAAGGAUGACAGGUCUGGGAGCCGUGUCCUCAGGGAAGUUAGGUCACCUGAGCCAAGGGGAGCGUAGAUACGGCCCCACCCCCGAGGCCUGGAAUCGUGACCUGUCCAAGUGUGAAAUAGUCCCGGGGGCUUCUGGUGGUUAGUUAUCUGUGGUCACCUGCGGGAUGGUACAAGGAAACAAUCCAAUUAACCCGACAGAGCCCAGCAGCGCUUGGCCCUCUGCCUGCUCCCCGCUUCCAGGCUCUGUACUCGCCCCUCAUGCGAAUCAGGUGGUCCUUGCCCGAGGCGCCCGCCCGAAUCGAAUGGUGUUCAGGACGAAAAGGUGUUAUCCCAGCUUUUCACUGACCUGGCGGGGACUUCCUAUAAAGGGGUGGGGUGGGGGGGGGGGUCUUAGCCCAGAGUUCUGUUUGGACUUCCGAGCAGCGGGCCUGUGAACCCCUGAAAAUCAUACGCCGAAUGUGUAGAGGGACAGGUGCUGAGAUUUCAUUUGUCUCUCAAAGGGAUUGAGAGCCUCAAAAGUUUAACAACUAGCACUGUUUGCAAGGCCACCCCCAUGGCGUGUUUUCAGAGGCUGGGUAGCAGUGUCAUGAAACAUGUUACUGCCCCAACUCCAUCGUCCAGUGACGCUGCUGGGCCCAGCUCUCCAGCACAGAUACGCUGACCAGUGUGCAAGAAUGUGUGUCCCAGGAUGUUCGCUGCAGCAGUGGGAGAGAGAAUAGGGAGCAGGUGAAAGUGUCACUCCUUCUAUUCAUAAUAUGGAAUAUUAUUUAGCUGUCCAAAAGAAUGGCCCGGAUGUAUGUACUGACACGUAAAAUGUGACACAGUGCCGAGUGAAAAACACCCAGUUGCAGAGCAGUAGGAAGCAUACAAUGCUAUUUUCGGUUAGAAAGCUAUGGUAUAUGAAUGUACCCAUAUGGACGUGUGAUGUAUGCACAUAAAUAAAGUCCAGAAGGCCAU